AUGUCCAAACUGUUCAACGUUCAGCCAUUGUUGAGUUUAGACACUGGCUUUGGAUACCCAGAGGAAAGGCAGAAAUGUCAGUUACAAGAGCAAGCUGGAAGAGCAACGUUAUAUGAGUGUGAAAUCGGCAUUGGAAACCAAGGGGAACCAGUACAUCAUGACUGGCUGGAGACCAUCAAAGCUACCUACUCCAGCCGUCCAGAUCUGAAGGAUACUCCUUUUGAUGAUGUGGAGAUCUGGUUUACUGAUGGGAGCAGCUAUGUCAUCAGCGGAAAACGACAUGCUGGGUAUGCAGUUACCACUUGCAAAGAGGUAAUAGAGUCCGGACCUUUACCAACAGAUACCUCUGCACAAAAGGCCGAGAUAAUUGCUCUGACCCAUGCCUUGGGAAUGGCAAAAGGAAAGAAGAUAAACAUCUAUACGGACUCGAGAUAUGCAGUUGGGGUUGUACAUGCACACGGAGCCAUUUGGAAAGAAAGAGGACUGUUGAACUCACAAGGGAAAAACAUCAAACAUGUGAAAGAGAUAAUGCGAUUAUUGGAAGCGGUUCAGCUCCCUGAAAAGGUAGCAAUCAUGCACAUUAAGGCACAAGAGAAGGUGAGCUCAGAAUUGGAGGAAGGAAAUGAUCUGGCGGACAGAGAGACAAAAGAAGCAGCAGAAGGUGAGGUAGCAACUGAAGGAGCCCUGAUUCCAGAUGGGCAGAUUCCCCUUGAAGAUACAGCAGACUGA